AUGGCCGACAAGGAAAGCUACCACGGUAGUGAGACUACUCAGUACGAUGGAAAAGACAACUCAUGGGGAAUGAAACCAAAGAUCGUAGAGCUGCGGGAGAGGGAUCAACGGUCCGGCUUCCCUGCUCGAGAACUUGGAGUCACCUGGAAGAACCUCACAGUCCAAGCUAUCAGUGCCGAUGCAGCCAUACACGAGAAUGUGGCAUCCCAAUUCAACUUGCCGAAACUCAUCCGCGAGUCAAAACACAAGCCUCCUUUGAAGACGAUUUUGGACAACAGUCAUGGCUGCGUCAAGCCUGGAGAGAUGUUGCUGGUUCUCGGCCGACCUGGCUCUGGCUGUACGACUCUGCUCAGUCUUCUAUCAAACCGACGAGAUGGCUAUGCCUCAGUAUCCGGCGAUGUCCACUACGGCUCGAUGAACCACAAGGAGGCAAAUAAAUACCGAGGCCAGAUCGUCAUGAACACAGAGGAGGAACUUUUCUUUCCUACUUUGACGGUCGGCCAGACCAUGGACUUUGCGACCAAGCUCAAAGUCCCAGCCAAGCUACCAGAGGGGGUGACUUCUACUGAGGAGUUACGUUGUGAAACCCGCGAUCUCUUGCUAAAGUCUAUGGCUAUUGAGCACACUGUUGACACCAAAGUUGGAAAUGAGUUUGUUCGAGGUGUAUCUGGUGGUGAGCGUAAAAGAGUAUCCAUCAUUGAAACUUUGGCAACCAAGGGCUCUGUAUUCUGCUGGGACAACAGCACCAGAGGUCUCGAUGCCAGCAAUGCUCUGGAAUAUGUCAAAGCCAUCCGCGCCAUGACUGAUGUUCUUGGCCUUGCGUCAAUCGUCACGCUUUAUCAAGCUGGUAACGGCAUCUACAACCUGUUUGACAAGGUCCUUGUCCUGGACUGCGGCAAAGAGGUAUAUUACGGACCGAUGAGGGAAGCUAGACCGUUCAUGGAGGAGCUUGGCUUCAUUUGCCAGGACGGUGCCAAUGUGGCCGAUUUCCUGACUGGUGUGACCGUGCCCACGGAACGCCAGAUUCGCCAAGGACACGAAAACACUUUCCCCAGAGACGCCGAUACCCUCCGAGCGAAAUACGAGGAAUCACCAAUACACGCACAGAUGAUCACCGAGUAUGAUCUUCACACAUCAGAGGAAACAAAGGAGAAGACAAGACUAUUUCAAGAGGGCGUGGCAAAUGAGAAGAGCCACAAACUACCCGCCGGAAGCCCCAAUACAGUUGCCUUCGUUGACCAAGUCAAGGCUUGCGUCACUCGUCAGUACCAGAUCCUCUGGGGUGACAAGGCCACCUUCCUGGGCACCCAGAUUUCUGUCUUGGCACAGGCCCUCAUCUCGGGUUCUCUCUUCUACAAUGCGCCGAACAACUCAGGCGGCCUGUUCAUCAAGUCGGGCGCCAUCUUCUUCUCGCUUCUUUUCAACUCGCUGCUAGCCAUGUCCGAGGUCACGGAUUCCUUUGCUGGUCGUCCUGUCCUUGUCAAGCACAAGCACUUUGCUUACUUCCACCCUGCUGCCGUCUGUAUCGCACAAAUUGCAGCAGAUAUCCCGGUCCUUUUGUUUCAGAUAUCGAUAUUCUCUCUGGUGUUGUACUUUAUGGUAGGACUCACCAUGUCGGCUGGUGCUUUCUUCACAUAUUGGGUUCUUCUCCUGGCAACAACAAUGUGCAUGACAGCAAUGUUCCGUGCCAUCGGCGCAUCGUUCCCAACAUUCGAUGCUGCCUCCAAAGUAUCUGGUCUUAUCAUCUCCAUUGUUGCAAUGUAUAACGGCUACAUGAUUACAAAGCCUCAGAUGCACCCUUGGUUCGAAUGGCUCUUUUGGCUCAACCCCAUGGCUUACGGCUUUGACGCACUCAUGUCCAACGAGUUUCACGGCAAGACUAUCCCCUGUGUGGGCACUAAUAUCGUGCCUUUGGGAGAAGGCUACGACGACCCGGCCCACAUGUCUUGCACUGGUGUAGGUGGUGCGGUACAAGGCGAGACCACCGUAAAUGGUGAUGCUUACCUCUCCUCGCUGUCAUACAGCCAUUCUCACCUUUGGAGAAACUUUGGUAUCCUUUGGGCCUGGUGGGUUCUCUUUGUCGCCAUCACCAUCUUCAUGACCUCUCGCUGGCGCUCGGCUUCGGAAGCUGGGCCAUCGCUCCUCGUUCCUCGAGAGAGGGCCAAGGUGUCGCGCGCUCUAAACAACGACCCGGAAUCUCAGGUAUCAGAAAAGCAGACCAUGACUAGAAGCGCCGAUCGCAGCGGAGAAACCACCGAGAACGAGGAAUCAUCCGCUGGUGAUCUCGUGAGAAACACAUCCAUCUUCACCUGGAAAAAUCUUUCGUACACGGUCAAGACACCAUCGGGCGACCGUACGCUUUUGGACAAUGUGCAGGGUUGGGUCAAACCGGGUAUGCUCGGAGCUUUGAUGGGUUCUUCUGGAGCCGGUAAGACGACUCUGUUGGAUGUUCUUGCUCAGCGCAAAACCGAGGGAACAAUCCACGGCUCCAUCAUGGUCGAUGGUCGUCCUUUGCCAGUUUCUUUCCAGCGAUCAGCCGGUUACUGCGAGCAGCUUGAUGUCCACGAGCCCUUCGCCACGGUUCGGGAGGCAUUGGAGUUCUCUGCUUUGUUGAGACAAAGCCGUGAUGUGCCCCGCGAGGAAAAGCUGAAGUAUGUCGACACAAUCAUUGAUCUUCUCGAACUACACGAUCUCGCCGAUACUCUGAUUGGUCAUGUAGGUGCUGGUUUGACGGUCGAACAGAGGAAGCGUGUCACGAUUGGCGUUGAGCUCGUCUCCAAGCCAAGCAUUUUGAUCUUCUUGGAUGAGCCAACUUCUGGUCUAGAUGGCCAGUCUGCCUUUAACACUGUCCGCUUCCUGCGCAAGCUUGCCGACGUCGGCCAGGCUGUGCUGGUCACCAUUCAUCAACCAUCUGCACAGCUUUUCGCUCAAUUCGAUACACUCUUGCUCCUUGCCAAGGGUGGCAAGACGGUUUACUUUGGUGACAUUGGCGACAAUGCCGCGACGAUCAAGGACUACUUUGGCAGAUACGGUGCUCCGUGCCCCGAGGAAGCCAACCCUGCCGAACACAUGAUUGACGUUGUCUCUGGCCAUCUCUCUCAGGGCAAAAACUGGAAUCAGGUCUGGUUGGAUUCGCCGGAGCACACCUCAGUGACAAAGGAACUUGAUCGCAUGAUCAGCGACGCGGCAGCAAAGCCUCCGGGAACCCUCGAUGACGGACACGAGUUUGCCAUGCCCAUGUGGUCCCAGAUCCGGAUCGUGAGCAAUCGCAUGAACACGGCUCUGUUCCGCAACACCGACUACAUCAACAACAAGUUGACGCUGCACGUUACGUCGGCACUUUUCAAUGGCUUCUCGUUCUGGAUGAUUGGCGACAGCGUCGGUGAUCUGCAGAUGCGCCUCUUCACCGUCUUCAACUUUGUCUUUGUAGCUCCUGGUGUGAUCAACCAGCUACAGCCUCUCUUCAUCGAGCGCCGCGACAUUUUUGAGACUCGCGAGAAAAAGUCCAAGAUGUACUCGUGGGUCGCUUUCGUCACUGGCCUCGUUGUCUCCGAAUUUCCCUACCUCUGUAUCUGCGCCGUCCUCUACUUUGUCUGCUGGUACUACACCGUGGGAUUCCCGACCGACUCGGACCGCGCCGGCGCAACAUUCUUUGUCAUGCUCAUGUACGAAUUCGUCUACACGGGUAUCGGACAGUUUGUGGCCGCCUACGCACCCAACGCCGUGUUCGCUUCGCUCGUCAACCCCAUCAUCAUUGGUGUCUUGGUGUCUUUCUGCGGUGUACUGGUUCCCUACUCACAGUUGACAGUCUUCUGGAAGUACUGGAUGUACUACCUUAACCCCUUCAACUACCUGAUGGGAAGCAUGCUCGUCUUUGACGUCUGGGGCACGCCCGUCAACUGCGCCGAGAGCGAGUUUGCCAUUUUCGACCCGCCCAACGGCACCACGUGCGGCCAGUACCUGGCCAACUACAUGAUGGGCGCCGGCUCGGCCAGCAACCUCAUCAACCCAGACGACACGUCGGCCUGCAAGGUGUGCGAGUACAGCAACGGCAGCGACUGGCUCAAGACGCUCAACCUCGAGAGCUACUCGUACGGCUGGCGCGAUGCUGGCAUUGUGGUUCUCUUUGCCUUUAGCUCGUAUGCCUUGGUGUAUGCGCUCAUGAAGUUGAGGACCAAGGCAUCCAAGAAGGCCGAGUAA